AUGUGCGAGGGGAGGCGGCUGGGCGACGCGGCGCGGCCGGCGUGGGCGGAGCUGCGGAGGAGGGAGGCCGCGGCGGACGCGCGCCUGGCGGCGGCGCGGGCGCGGCUCGCCGAGGCGCUGGCGGAGCUGGAGCGGGCCCGGGCGCGCGCCGCCGAGCUGCAGCGCAGGCUGGAGGAGACCUACGGCAAGCGCCGCCGCCUCAAGCGGGUGGCGGCCGCCGCGCGCGACCGGAUCCACGAGACCCGCGUCCGCCUCCAGGAGCACGAGCAGCAGCAGCAGGAUCAGCUCCCCGCUGAAUCCGAUCCCACCUCAUAGGUAGGGGCAAGUUGCAGCUGGAGGAUGAUGCCGUCUGUGGCAGGACGAUCAGCUGGAUGCUACUCGUCUACUUUUCUCUUUUUAGGCUUUGUAAUAUACAGGACGAAUGUUCUAGUCAUUCGCUGAAAUGAACUCAAAGUUAGUUGCGACAGCACUGUAAUCUCUAGAGCUCAAAUCUCCAGUGGCCAUUCCAUAAGAAAAAAUAUAUAUCUUCAGUGGCCAUUGCCC